AUGCAAGCAAUCGCCACUGGUGCUUUGAUUUCCGGAAGAAGAUUAUUAGCUCAUAAUUACCGAAAAGGUAUCACUGUUCUUCCCUCCCCCAAUUUCAAUUUCAACUUCAACCCAUUGUUGUCAGCUGAUGACAAUACACUUCUGUUUCAUACCCAAAUUUCAACUAACUCUAACCCUAACCCUAACCCUAACCCUAACCCUAAUCCUAAUCUUCCUGAUCACCGGAAGCAACUACCCAAAUUUCUGUUGGACAAAUCCGAAUUGGGGUUUGGUAAGCUCGAUGAUGCUCUUAGUUUAUUCCAUCGGAUGGUCCAAAUGCAACCCCUUCCUUCGGUUAUCCAAUUCACUCAGCUGUUAACGGGUAUUACCAGAAUGAAGCAUUAUUCCACCGUUAUUUCUCUGUUUAAAGAAAUACGCUUGUUGGGUAUUACGGUUAAUGAUUAUACCUGAAUGUCGUAAUAAAUUGCCUUUGCCACUUGAAUCGACUAGAUUAUGGGUUUUAUGUCUUGAGUAGCUUCUUCAAACUUGGUUAUGUACCAUGUGUAUCUACUUUCACCACUCUAAUGAAUGGGUUCAUUUUACCAGACAAGACUGGUAAGGCCAUGGAAUUGUUUAAUAAAUUGGUAAGAGAGGGAGAAAUCAAACCUGAUAGAGUUAUGUACGGAACUAUUAUAAAUGGGCUUUCCAAGACAGGAAAUACUGCAACUGCCAUAGGGAUUCUUUGGAGUAUGCGAAAAUGGAACUAUAAGCCUGAUGUUGUGAUGUAUAACACAAUUAUUGAUGGUCUUUGCAAGGACAAAAAUGUAGAUGAUGCUUUGAGCCUCUUAGUGGAAAUGAACCAGCAGGAUGUUACACCAGACUCGAUCACUUACAACACUUUGAUUCACGGAUUAUGUAAUUUAGGCCUGUGGGAGGAAGCAACAAGAAUGUUGAGAGACAUGACAGGCAAGAAUGUUUUUGCAGAUGUUCUUACAUUUAAUACAUUGAUAAAUGCAUUCUGCAAGGAAGGGAUGGCAAAAGAAGCAGAGAAUGUUCUUGAAUUCAUGGUCCAAAGAGGUGUUGGUCCCAAUGCAGUCACAUACGGUACUCUGAUGCAUGGUUAUUUUUUGCAAGGCCAAAUGGACAAAGCACUUUCAUUCCAUGGUAAAUAAGGGCAUUGAGCCAAACAUUUGUUGCUAUAACAUUUUGAUCAAUGGAUAUUGCAAAAAUAUGAAAAUUAAAGAGGCCAUGAAUCUUUUCCGUGAAAUGCCUUGCAAUUUGCAAAGGAUUGAAACCCACAAUUGAUACUUACAAUACUAUGUUGCAGGGAUUGUUUGGGGUUGGUAGGUGUUCUACUGCUCAAGGACUUCUGACUGAGAUGCAAGCUAAUGAUCAGACUCCAGAUUAUUAUACUUAUUGUGUCCUACUGGAUGGAUUAUCCAAGAAUGGCCGUAUUGAUGAAGCAUUGUUGUUGUUUCAGGAGCUAGAACGCAGUGGCAUAAAUCCUGAUAUUACUAUGCACAGUAUUUUAAUUUAUAGAUUUUGCAAAGAUGGGAAGCUUGAGAUGGCAAAGAAUCUAUAUGGUAAACUUUCUGCCAAAGGGUUGCAGCCCAAUGUUCACACUUAUACUAUGAUGAUAGGUGGAUUUUUUGAACAGGGGCUAUUGGGUGAGGCAAAUGAUUUACUUGUGAUGAUGGAAGGGACGGGUUGUAUGCCUAAUCAUGCAACUUACAAUGUUUUGGUCCGUGGAUUCCUUAAAGCAAAUGACUACACUGAAGCAAAUAUUCUUGCAGAGAAAAUGAUUGGGAGGGGAUUUUCAGAAGAUGCAUCUACCUUGGCUACAAUAGUGGAUCUUCUCUCAGCUGAAGGUCAAGAUCCUACACUCUUUGAUAUGAUUAAAAAGUUGGUGCCCCAGGAUAUACUUGAAAUCCAUAACACCAAAGAAAUUCGUUAAGCCGUCAAUAUGGAUGCUAUGUUUGGUGGGCAUAUGUUGGAUAAUUGUUGGUUCCCUACAAUUUGACCUUUGAAGCAUCAUCAUGAAAAUAUAUCUCUUGGGAAUUUGGUAGGUAAGUUUUUACUCGAUUGCUUUUAUCAUUUACUACUUGACACUAUAAUGAAGCGAAGCAAUUGGUUCAAAGCUUUGGCUCUUCGUCUUGUGCAUCCAGUUCCUCCUAAGGUGUGAAUGGUUUCUUUUGUUAGUCCUUAAGUUCCUUUUUCUGAAGUUGAAUUGUGCUGGAUGUAGUCGAGGUAAUCUGGUUUGGGUGGUGGUGGGGGUAUUGUCCGAGAUGGUCAUGGCAAAUUAGUUUUUGCUUAUUGAUUGUUGCUUGGGCAGUGUUCCUAUACUCUGGCAGAAAUGAAGGCGUGGCUAUUUGGUAUCGUCUAUGUUUGAAUCAGGAUAUUUGCUGGUUGCAUAUUGAAGUUGACUCGAAAGUUUUUGUGGAUUUCCUGAAUGAUACAUUUGGUUCCCCUUGGUUCUUGAUUUAUGAUAUGGUUCUGAUGCAGCUGCAUCAAUUG